CCAACCGGCCACGGUCAGUAUUGUGACAGUGUUCGAGCUGCUAUCAGUGAGCUUUUCUUUCCCUUCGCGCUAACCAAUCAAACCAGAAAAAAACCCACAAUGGAAAAGUCUGAGCUGGCCAAGACUGAGCUGAGCAAGGAUCAAAUGAAAAUCCUGAAGGAUGCGUUCGAUGCGUUCGACAUUGAGAAGAAGGGCAGCAUCUCGUUGGAGGUCAUCGGCACGAUUAUGGAGCUGCUCGGGUACGGCAUGUCGGAGGAGGAGCUGAAGGAGGUGAUGGAGGACUACGACGAGGACGAGUCGGGCCAGAUCGAGUUCGAGGAGUUUAUCGAGCUGGCCUCGAACUACGUUGAGCCGGAGGAAGACUACGAUGUGCUGCGGGCCGAGCUGCGCGAGGUGUUCAUGAUGUACGACAAGGAUGGAACGGGCUUCAUUCCGGUGAACUCGUUCAAGGCUAUCCUCCGGGAGCUGGACGGUGCCGUGCCGGAGAACGAGCUGGACGAAAUUGUGGAUGAGAUUGAUGCGGAUAGCUCGGGCACGGUUGACUUUGAAGAAUUCAUGGAGGUUAUGACAGGACCAAGUGAGUAAGCGUGCAUCAACAUCAUCAAACGCACCGGACCCGGUGGAAGCUGCGCUGAAAUACCACAGCAAAAAAGAGGUUACGUGCUGGAGUUGAGACGCCUCGAGGAUUCUUUUUAUUAUUAUAUUUGCUCUACACACUCUGAUUAUUAGCUACGGAAAAUGAUAGAUUUUCUUGCUGCGAACAAUUGGGUGUGUUCUAAAAGGCGAUCUUUUUAACUUAUACUUCUUUCAACCGUCCUUUUUUGAAAGGAAAUCAUUCCGAAAAUUAAGUAAAAGAGUGAAAUAAAAU